AUGACGUCACGACGAGCGCCGCUUCGGAUGCUCAUGGUCGGGUGCCCCGGCUCGGGCAAGGGCACGCUGUCGGCGCGCAUUGAGCGACACUUUGGCGUGCCGAUCAUCACGGCCGGCGACCUGCUGCGCUCGCACAUCCGGCAGGGCACGCCGCUCGGCCACGCGGCCUCGGCGUCGAUCCGCGCCGGGCGACUCAUGCCGGACGCGACAAUGAUGGAGCUCGUGGGCGCGAAGCUGCACACGAUGCAGCACGACGACUGGAUCCUCGAUGGAUUCCCACGCACGCUUGGCCAGGCGCAGCUGCUCAGCGCCGAGCUCGCACGCACGCAGUGCCCCCUGUCGCUCGUCGUGCAGCUGCAUGUGCCCGAGUCGGUCAUUCUGCAGCGCAUCCUCGAGCGCUGGACGCAUGUGCCGUCCGGCCGCGUGUACAACCUGUCGUUCAAUCCGCCACGCACGCCAGGGCUGGACGACGUCACCGGCGAGCCGCUCGAGCAGCGCGAGGACGACAAUCCCACGACGUUCCAGCGGCGCCUCGCCGGGCACCACGCGCAGACCGAGCCGAUGGUCGAGUUCUUCCGCACGCAGACGUCGCCGCUCGGCGCGCCGCUCGUCGUCGACCUCGAGGGCCGCACGAGCGACGAGAUCUGGCCCCAGCUGCAGCGUGUGCUCAUCGAGCGCGGUGCGUCUCUAUCUACUCGUACACGGUGCGGUCCUUGA